UAGCUUACAGAUACAGAUCUCUAAUUUCUCUUCCCUUUGCAGCGUGGAAAAUCGCGCUAAACGUCGUUCACUGCCCGUAGAUCGUGAGUAUGGUUGAGAGUGUCAGAGACACUUUUUGGUCGCUCCUUGGCACACAAUAUCCCGUACCGUAAGCUGAACACAUCAUGCAUUGGGGAAAACUCUUUUUCCGCGAUGCUCGGGUGGACUCGCUCGGCGAUAGAUUUUCCGUUCCUUCAGUCGAGAUUCGGCCGUUCAAUUGUGCGCACGUUUUGGAAUUGAAAGCUGCACUUUCACAGACAGUUAGUUAGCAAAAGUAGGCGGAAAAUCGGUUUCCCCCUUUUUCUAGUAAAGAAAAGCCAUCUUGCCAAUGAGUGCUUGGAUAAAGGGACGUGUUUGGACCUAUUUGUUCUUGUGAGACGAUUAUCUGGUGCGUGGUGGUGGAUAAAGGACCUUAAAGGCGGCUUUCCUUUGCUUUGAACUGAAGAUUUCUCGAGAACGGGUCUAAUUCGGGAUCGGUCGGAAAAAGGUGACGUGAAAGUGAUUUGCAGAUAUAGGUGAAAAGUUUGCUGGAUUCAAUUGUUGAAAAGUAAGAACAGGAAAACUGUUUCCACGAAUUUGGGUUAGAUAGCUGCAACAGUGAUGUGAAAAUGAAGUGAAUUCCUUGAAUCUUCUAUUCGAGCUGGAAAUGUGAAUGCUUCUAAAAAGCGAAGAUUGCUGAUCGUGAGGAUUGAAACGAAUCUGGAUAAGCAGGAAAAGUGCGAUAUGCUGCUACAAGUAGCUUUGGAAAAGAAAAUUCACGAAUAAUAAGGGUCUCUGGUCACACGGUAGUGGGUGUUGACAGCCCAUCACAGUUUGCCGUCGUCGUCAUCAUGAUGGUCCUCCCGGAGUGCUUGGAAGUUGCUAACCGAAGGAAGUCUUAGCUGGGCCCUUGAGCAGAGGCAGGAAGGUCCUGGUGGUUCAGAGUGCGCAAUUAAAAUGUGAUAAACAUGACGUGAAAAAACUGUGAAAUUUUCAUCGCCAGCUAAAAGCGCGGAACUAGUGCAUUAAUUGCGAAGAAGAAGCUUCUCUCAGGACUACCGAGGAAGCCAGUGGAAACCGUGAUGGCAUGCAAAUUACUACGAUGAAAAGUGUGAGAACAAGCUGUACAUAUUUUUAAUUGCAGUUUUAAUUGAAACUGACCGUAGGAUUACCCUGAAAGUGUGCAUCAAAUAAGGAUUAACGGAGUAGUGAAGAAAUUAUCGAGUUCUGGGAAAGUUUCUUUUGAUACUAAUUUCAAGUAGUACCAUUGACAUGGUUAAAAAGUUACUCGAUGGAAUGAUUUUUUUUUCUUUGUGGCUAGUGCAUAGAUAACGGAUUCAGUUCGAAGGUUUUCCCGAGAGUCAAAAUAUUCGCAUGUCGACGAGGCAAUCGAUAUCGAAAAAACGUUUUCAUAGAGUAUAAAAAUAAAACAAUCCUAGUGAACAUACAUCAAACGGCGACAAAGACGACGGCGACCUGACCUCAGGAUCUAUGUGUCUCCCUCCUGUAGUAGUUGAGGGGUGUGGCUCAUAAUAAUAACCGUCAUGUCACCGCAAUAACUCGUUCGCAGAAGCAGCAGCGCAGUGUGCGGAAAAUAUGACCAACAUUCGGGAGAAAAAAUAGGAACAACGCAAUCCAGCAGAAGAGAAGAUUCGUUACGGCGUAGGGGAAGAACAUGUAGUGUGAUCCUAAUUCAAGUGAAAAACUGGAAAUUUAAAGAACCAGUGUACAUAUAUAACAGAGGAAAAUACUGCAGAAAAGUUCAAAUAAUUUAGAUCAUUUUCCCCACUCGGUGUAUGUAUCCUUCGUAAUUGCGAAUUGGUAGGGAAGAGAUGUGAACGCAAUGGACUUCCUUCCGGCGAGUUUCCUCAUUACCGACAGAAGUAAUACAAGUUUCAUCGAGUGACGACGAACACAUAGACUACGUCGACGGAAAAGUAUUGCACGAGUUUUGGAGACGCGGUCAUGACCUAAGAAUUCCAACACACUCAACAAAAGGCGUCGUUGCUUUACGCAUGUACGAGAACAACGCUGUGUGCCGCAAUAAAAAAUUAAACCUGCUAUGGCAAAGCAACUGUUAGCCAACUAGCCUUCAAAGGAUCCGUCUCAGUAGUGAUAGUUAGUGUAACCGCAAUGUGCCGCGUAGUGCCGUGUAGUGUUUUAGUUGCGAAAUAUACGGAAAUGUUCGCAUCCGAUCGGUGAAAGCCACGCCCACAAGCCGGCAGAUGCCAUGUCAUUGACUGCGUCACAACCACCAGCAUCUCUGUUCGAACUGCAGUUGUUGUCGAGGACACCGUCACCAUCGCCGUCGUCCUCGAUCUCGUCUAAAUCGCCACCAGAGCACUCAACGUCGUUGGUGAGCUCAUCGGUGACCUCAUCGCCAGAACAACAACGGUCGCAAAAAUCGCCGCAAACCUCACCGUCGUUGGUGUCGCUCUCCGUGCUUUUCGUACGAAGUUGUGAUCUCUCCACGGGCUGUCACAAGGCAGUCACACUCCAGCAGUUAGAGUUAGGCGCAAAUUCAGUUUGUUUGGAGUUUCUUAGCGUUUACGUGUUGCUAUUAUCCAUACUCGUAAUAGUGCCCGGUUAUCGUCCCGUAAGAAUAGCGCAUAAGGAUGGCAAUAGGCAACUUAGUUUUAUGAGUUGAAUAGAGAAGAUGUCUGGAUUCAUGUAGCGUGGCCCUAUGGUGGGCGAUCGCGACCGAGAGCGUGAAGCGGUGCGCUGGGAACUGGGGGAAACUACACCACCCCCGUUUAAUAAUGGUGGGCCUGGUACCACGAUGUGCAGCGGUUCGGCAGCGCCGGGCAGUUCACUGCCGGGCAGCAGCUUCGACGAUGGAACCAUCAAUACUACAACGAACAUCGGCGGCUAUGGAGGCGGAGGAAGUAGCUCUGGCGGCUUCGGUGGAGCUAGCCUACCGGGUGGUGGUGGAAUUCCUGGCGGAGGAGGAACAGGCGGCGGUGGCGGCACUUCAGGCGGUGGUGGGAGUGCAAAAGAGGUACGUUACGCGCCCUUCCCUGUUCAGUCUCCGUCUCAUCCCGCUUCUGCAAGUUAUACGCAGAUGUCCCAGGCACCGCUACAAAGGGCACAUUCCAGAUCUAUGUCAUCAAUACCACCGGAGCCCUUCAUGAUAAUGCGCUCCAAGGCGCUCAAUCGACGUGUUUUGAUCAAUGUAGGUGGCGUCAAGCACGAAGUCCUAUGGCGAACACUCGAACGUCUGCCUCACACACGACUCGGAAGACUGCGCGAGUGUAACACGCACGAAGCAAUAUCGGAGCUAUGCGAUGACUACUCACUGAUAGACAACGUAAUUUUCGAUAGACACCCGAAGAGUUUUAGUUCGAUUCUUAAUUUCUACCGCACCGGCAAGCUGCAUCUGGUGGACGAGAUGUGCGUGCUGGCUUUUAGCGACCAUCUAGAGCACCGGGGCGUCGACGGGCAGUAUUUGCAGACCUGCUGUCAGCACAAGUACCACCAACGAAAGGAACACGUCCACGAAGAAAUGCGAAAGGAAGCGGAAAGUUUACGCCAACGGGAGGAGGAGGAAUUCGGCGACGGGAAAUGCGCACAAUAUCAAAAGUACCUCUGGGAGCUCCUCGAGAAGCCGAACACUAGCUUUGCCGCUAGGGUAAUUGCCGUGAUAUCUAUUCUCUUCAUAGUAUUAUCUACGAUAGCUUUGACACUCAAUACAUUACCGUCCCUGCAAUCCGAACAUAACGGCACCUCCCAGGACAAUCCUGAACUAGCGAUGGUUGAAGCGGUGUGCAUCACCUGGUUCACGCUCGAAUACGUCCUGCGGUUUAGCGCCUCGCCGGACAAGUGGAAAUUUUUCAAAGGUGGACUCAAUAUAAUCGAUCUGUUUGCUAUUCUGCCCUACUUUGUGUCCUUGUUCCUGUUGGAGACCAACAAGAACGCCACGGACCAGUUCCAGGAUGUGCGCCGGGUGGUGCAAGUCUUUCGCAUCAUGCGCAUCCUGCGAAUCCUCAAGCUGGCCCGACAUUCAACGGGCCUGCAGUCGCUUGGCUUCACGCUGAGAAAUUCCUACAAGGAGCUGGGUCUGCUAAUGUUGUUCCUGGCAAUGGGCGUACUCAUCUUUUCGUCCCUGGCAUAUUUUGCUGAAAAAGACGAGCCUCAGACCAAGUUUGUAUCUAUACCCGAAACAUUUUGGUGGGCGGGAAUCACCAUGACCACGGUUGGCUACGGGGACAUCUACCCCACUACUCCGCUUGGAAAAGUGAUUGGUACCGUGUGUUGCAUAUGCGGCGUACUGGUAAUCGCAUUGCCCAUUCCUAUCAUCGUUAACAAUUUCGCUGAGUUUUACAAGAAUCAGAUGCGGCGGGAGAAGGCCCUGAAGCGGCGCGAAGCCCUCGAUCGGGCCAAGCGCGAAGGGAGCAUCGUCAGCUUUCACCAUAUCAAUCUGCGCGAUGCCUUCGCCAAGAGUAUGGACCUGAUAGACGUCAUCGUUGAUACCGGUGAACAAAGUGACGGGAUGGAAUCCCCAGCAGAAUCGUUGGUUGCUACACCCUUGGCCGCCAGACGACGCCAGCCACCGUUAUCUUCCAGGCUCGCUGAGCUGAAUGAAGAGCUACGAGCCGAAUCACCGAGACACAAUCUAUCAACCGGAGAUGGCAACAGCACAGAAGAGGGUGAUUCAGUGGGCGGUGGCCGUAACCCUGCCAUGACCGGUGUCGGUUGCUACAAAAACUAUAAACAUUCCGCUGGAUUGAGAAAAAGAGUAAAUUCGCAGUCCGAUAACUACCCGCAAAACUUGACUGGAGCUAUGGACACCGAGUCAGCCCCUCCCUACAGCCCAACGAUGCAGCAUCACAACAUGAUGAUCGAUAUGGAUGCCACCGAGGAACAGCAACUGAUCAUGCAGGACACCCCGCAGCAUGAGCCUUCCGUUAUGAUGGCUACCAGGGCGUACUACAACAAUCAAUGGAGCAACGAGGAAGUAGAAGAACUACGCCGUCAAGUUGCUUUAGAAACUUCUUCCACUAGUAAACGGGACAAAUCCGAUACUGAACUGCCAUCCGAGUUUGAGUGUUGUUUUUGCACGUCAAAGGAGUACAAAGAGUUUAUCGAUGCUGAAGGUUUAAUGCCACUUCCAACUUCCGACUUCCACACGACGGUCUGCUUAGAGAUGCGUAUGCUAAAGAAUAGUAUGAACAAUAACUGUAUAGCCCCACCAGCACAAUUCGGUCCAAGUACAAUAUCAUAUCCAUAUCCGUAUGUGGAUACACCAAUCAAACAUUCUAAUAACUGUAAUAAUAAUAAUAAUGUUAAUAGUAACGUCAACGGUACCAGUAACAACAAUAAUGCUAGCGUUAGUAAUAACAAUAGUAAUAGUAACAAUGGUGAUUUAGCUAGUGUCGAUAGCUCAGAUACAUACGCUAGUUGUCAAACGCAUCCAUUCCUGUCACAAGGUGAUCUAACAUCCGAUAUUGUAGAUAUGUCAUUCGACUUAGAUACGUUAGAUACGAACAAUCUGUACAUAAAUCCACUGGAAAAGGAGCGUCCUAUAGGUACUAGAUCGCAGGUGAAGAAAAGUGCUUCCGGAGAUACUGGUCUGAGAAGUUUGGGUGCUAGCCCGAUGGACGACGAGUUCAAGCAGUUCCAGGCCUCGUUCGACACGUCCGAUCGGGGAAGCCGUGUCAGUCUGAACGAAACCCCGGUGCCAAAGCAUCGCAAGACCCGCUUCCAGCAGGGUGCCGCCUCGGCAGCGCUGGCCGCUGCUGGUAGACCGAAAACCCGCUUCGAAAAUCUGAAAUCAUCGAUCGAAAGCCUUGAUGAAGCAGGGGGUGCGAGUGCUGCACCUAGCAGCAGCAGUUCCAUCAAAAAGACACGAAGAUCUUCCUUUAUGCCAGCCAAAAGUAUAGCCUCUGCAACCAAACUCAUCAACCAGCACCUGUUCGGUAUUCAGAAUCAAACGGUUAAAGGUAAAGAUUUCACUAAAAAGUUAUCGUUGUCCAUAGAUUCGAUAGAAACGUCACCUCAGUUAGAAACGCAUCGACGAUCGAAAUCGAUCCUAAAAAAUAAAUCAGAAGCGUCGAGACUCUUGUCCGAUCCAGAAAGCGAAAGGCUAUUGGCUGACAAUAUGUCUGGAUCCGGGGUCUCGGACAACGGUGCCAAUAUGGGGAGCGACUCAAAUACUGACUACUCCGGAAGCACAAUGAUCGCCACCUCGAUCACCCCGAUAGCACAACGACAUCGACUGAUACACCAGCGAUCGACACCGGCCUCGUUGGGCAGCAAAGCAGCGGCCAAGUUUCAGCAGCCUCGCUUCUCGCAGGAGGAGUUCGCCCGGCAGAGCAAACCCCAACUGACCCGGGGCGUAGGUAUCGGCACGUACGUUGACCACCUCACCGGUGAUCGUCGAUUAGAAACAGGAACUAGGGAAAGCAGCACAGAAUCGGAAACGGCAUUCUCAACAUAUCUUGCAGCUAGUAAUAAUAGUAAUAAAGACAAAACAUCGUUCGCCGGAAGUAGUUUAACGUCAAGUGAUGAAAGUAAAACGACCACGAGUAGGGGAAACUCAGUGGAAAACCACGGCGGAAGUAGCGGUUAUGGAGCAUCGUCAUCGUAGCAGGAAGUUCCGAAUAUCCACCUCAACGAAAAAUACUAACAAACGUAGCUAAUGUUAAGCCAAAAACGUGUAAAUACGCCACUCAGCUCGUUAUACGAACGAAACACUCUACAAACAAACCAAAGACAGCAGCAAUUGUGAAGGGAAUUCCUCAGUCAACAAGUUGAAGCAUGUGCCGAUAAAAACAGAUACCAAAAAUGGAUGGGCGGUGACCUGUUCUAAUUGUAAUUAGGAAGAAAAACGAAAUAAUGGUGACGAAACAUUUCAAACACACAAACUAAACUAAGAUCUUUUUAAAACAUUCGAACUAGGAGAAUUAAAAAAAUAUUUUUAAAAUUCAUCUCUGCCAAUCCAUUACCGAUGCAAAAAAAUAUAUCGUUUCGAUAUCAAAAAGGUAUAUUCAUAAUUUAUGUUGUAAGCGCAGAAAGAUAUUAGUCGUUACAGCACACAGAUCGUCAAAUGCAUCGAUUAUAUCGUCAUACGCACUCUUCUAGGCUAGAAGGAUACUUUUGAGGAAAGAGACAUAUUAAAUAAGGAAACAUCCUUAAACGAAGUAGCAUUUUUUAGUUAUUUUGAAAACGCAUAAAAAAUAUUUUCCGCAUUCACACCUAAAAUAUGUAGAUGGUUUCUUACUAAAUCUGAGAUUAACUUAUCACCUUUUCACCUCAUCUAAAAUGCUACAUCAUUUGCGUAUGGUUCCUGAUGCAAAUCGCCGAAACAACUGUCCAUAUAGACUAGUGAUUGUAAAGCUCUGUGAAAAUGAUCAGUUUUGGCUUGUUUUGCACCAGCCAAAUACCAUAAAUAGCUACACUUAUAGCUUCAGCGAAACUUGCAUCAUCCACUAUGGCACCAAGCAGUUCAUAGGCAAAGUUCAUCGUUCAGCACAUGUGCAUGGUCUAGACCCAACAGCAGACAUAUGAGAAGCUGCUUGUAUUCUAGAGAACAACAUGGAGGAAAGUCUUUGUAAAUAUUGAUUUUACUACUACGGAUCUUGGAAAACAUAACGAUUUUAUCGAGGCAGUGCACAAACGAAAACUAUUCAAUAAUUAAAAAAUACAAAACAAUUGAAAAGACUUAAAGUUGAAUCUAAGUUUAGUUCUUGUUUUUUCGCGAGAAACCCAUCUUACAGGAGAUGAAAAUAACUGAUGAAUUUCAGGCAUACGAGUGAUAUUCGUUUCUAAAAGAAAGCAAAUUUUUUAUUAAACGUUUUUCUGUUCUUCGAGAAAAAGUUGUGGAAAACUGUUUUGUAAAAUUUCCAAUACAGAGUGAAAAAAGUCAAAAGCUUCAAAACAAAUACGGGGAUGUACAAUAGGAAAGACGUAGAUAUUUCCAUCGUUUCUAGAUAAACAAAUCGAUUCUUUGUUCUGUAAAAUUUAACACCGACCGAGUGAGACAAGGUUUUAUUACCAUUUAGCGCUGUGCUUAUCGUUGGAAUCGGUGUAAUUAGUUCCCUGUCGUUAACGUUGAAGCAUCGCUUUUCUAGAAUGCGAUAAGUAAACCACUUUUCUAGAUCUCCAAGCAUGCAUACUGCAGUUGGUAGGAUUGGUUAUAAACUUUGUUAUAUGUCUAAAAAAACAAAAUAAUUUUCAAAAAAAAAGUUAGUAGGCUCUUACGGCAAUCUUCAAAAAAGUUUCCUUGACGUCUAUAGACUAUUUUCAUCAUGUUUUAUUUUUUUUUUUGUUUUGGAUCAAUCAAAACUGCAUACAAAAAUUACUAAAUCAAAGCUUUAUUAUUUAUUUAUUAUUCAAAAUAGUAAAAAAAAGUAUUCAGAAUAACAUGUCUGAAUAAAUUUUUGGCUAAUUUGAAUAAUGCGAUGGAAGCAUUAUCACAAGAAUCUUGUAAUUGUAUAAAUUCUAGACCAACAUUUAAAAAGGGCGUAACAGCCAAAAUUUAUUCCUUCUGAUUCUACGCCUACAUAUAAAGCUUUAUAUGUAGACAAAGAAUCAGAAGGAAUAAAUUUUGGUUGUUACGCCCUUUUCAAAUGUUGGUCUAGAAUUGGAGUCCUAUUGUAGAGUAUUGUCAUGUGCCGCGUUUAACAAGUGUCCUACUCGUUUGAAACGCGCAAUUAAUCUGAUCUCUGCUUCAAUUUUAAUACUUGGUGUCACUAUAUCUUAUUGAAGUCACAUUAAUAUCAACAUUUGAAGAAAAAAAUCAUAAAAGCCAAUUAUACUUUGAUUCAACGAUCGAUUCCAACGAACGCAUUCUUCUAUUAUUUCCGGUAUCAAAUAAGACAUUGACUUCUAAAAUAAACCAUUAUUUUCAUAGCUCGAACUACCCGUUAAAUAAUGGAAUCGUCCUGGACAAUCACUUGUUUGCAGCGCGGUAAACUAUCAAAUCAAAAUCUAAGAAGAAACAUAAUUUAAGGAGCGGUGGUUGAGUCAUUAUUGACGAUGAUCAUUGAAGAACCGACUUUCUCUUUGUAACUUUUACCCCAUUUAUAUGACAAAAAAUGUACCCUUACAUCUUCAAUCAUAACCUGAAAGAGAACAAUCACACACACAAGCACACUUAUUCCAUGUCUCUUUAAUACCGACAAUGCAUGCUCUCUCCAAUAAAACAAUUUGCACUUUUCCGACCGUUUGUCUUAAUAGCAACGUAUGGAAAUAAACAUACAUUAUUCGAAAGCAAUACAAUCUCUAAUAUAUAGUAAUGCAUUAUUUCCUUGCGAAGAUAAACAAAAAUACGAAAAUGAACGAAACACUUAUACACAUAACUAUUCCAACAACAGGAAACUACAACAACAACAACAACUAGAGCUAUUGCUUGAUAUUUCGUUCCAUAUCACAGCACUUUUUCUACCUGUUUUGCCGCAGUGAAUGCAGAGAAGUAGGCUUCGACGUCUUGAAAGGUUACAAAUAUCUUUUUUGCAACUAAAUAAAACAGACGAAAGUUUGAGAAAUAGUUCGCAACGGGGUUGUCUAAUACUAAGUCAUGAACCGACGAGAUGUAAGCUUCUUCGCUGUCUCUCUUUUUCGAAAACAACAAAGAAAUACAAAAACUAGAGUAUGCUCGUUUAUAGCAAAAGAUAUAUAAGAAAAAUUUUCAAAGAAAAAAAAACAAAACCAAAAAACAAUAUGAAUAUAAAGAGGAAGAACAUAAAAAUGAUGGCUUAUAUCUGUGAUUUAAUUAAAUUAAAGAAUAAAAGUAAACAAAAACGUUGGUAACACUUGUAUAUUAAAUGAAAAGUAAAUUUAAAACUAUGUUAACAUUGAAAUAUAACAGAAAUGUGCUUUUUAAAUAUUUUCGAUUCAAAGACAUUAUAUAUACAAUGAAACAGGACAACAAGUGUAAAAAGCGAUCACAACACUGAAGAAACAGCCGAAAUCGAUUAGAUUGUAACAACCCAGGAAAAAAGAGAAAUACAUCAUAUUAGCAUGCUAUAUAUAAAUGUGUAAAAAAAAUCUAAAAAACUACGGAAGCAAGAAAAAACAGUGCUAGGUAAUAAGCGUAAGUAAGUGAACCAAUACACAACAAAUUAAGUAGCGAAUGCGUCGUUAGAUUACACACGCCGAGGAACCAACAACGGUUCACAAACACACAAACGUCCGCAUACGGUGGAAUUUAAGUUAUCGUUUUGCCAUCACGGUCUGUUUUGGCUUUUUUUGAGUUUAAGGAAAACACGCUAGUCAUUAGGAAUUAAGGAACGAACGUGGUACGAUCGAUGGAGAUCAGCUUAGUAAAGCGAUAAUUCGAUAGAGCAAUUAAAAUGUUAUAUUCGUUUUGUAUUAUAUCAUUUUUUUGUUGCAGCAUAUGUUUUACAAUUUGAUUAUUUCAAAUGCUUCUGUUGUUUAUAUUAUUCAUUUAUUUUCUUUUUAUAUGAACGUUCUGGCUUGACUUGUUAUGUUUUUAUUCGAAUAAAGAAUUAUAAUUGAACU